GGAUUAAGUCGCCAUGGCCCCCAGCAGGAAUGGCAUGAUCUUGAAGCCUCACUUCCACAAGGACUGGCAGCGGCGAGUGGCCACCUGGUUUAACCAGCCCGCCAGAAAGAUCCGCAGAUCGGUGGCAUUAUUACACUGCCAGAUCAUCACAGAAUCCCUGCAGGCCAAUGUGCAGAGACUGAAAGAGUACCGCUCCAAACUGAUCAUCUUCCCACGCAAACCCUCUGCACCCAAGAAGGGAGACGGCUCUGCUGAAGAAUUGAAGAUGGCCACUCAACUUAAGGGCACAGUCAUGCCUAUCCGCAGUGUGUACAAGAAAGAAAAACCAAGAAUCAUCACAGAGGAAGAGAAGAACUUCAAAGCAUUUGCCAGUCUGUGUAUGGCACGUGCCAAUGCCCGGCUCUUCAGCAUCCGUGCCAAGAGAGCCAAGGAAGCUGCAGAACAGGAUGUGGAGAAGAAAAAAUAAACCUAGAAUUGUUAAUAAAACAAAAUGUUC